UUGAUCCCCUGCUCGCCUACAUCCCAUACCUGUUGACAGCGGUGGCCAGACAACUCCACAGCCAGCAUGAGAGGAGUAUUCCAGUCUUUUUACCGAUGGUUCCUCCUGUUCAUCAGCGUUGGUUUGCUAGCCCUCGUUCUGCUGAACAACGCGCCACAAUGGACGCUCACUCGCUUUGCAGACAAUGGUGGCGAAUCAAAAAACGCAACUCCGAGGGUGACAUUGAAAAAAGAAAAUCCGAUUCUACGACCACACGACAAUGAGGAGGUGCGGUUUGAAGACCUGUUCGUGGACUACACAGCAAGAAUUCAAACUAUGAAGGACGGCGGUUUAUGGAAGUCAAACCCCCCAACCAAGACCUGCGACAAAGUCACUGGAACAUCAACUCCGUGUGAGGACACCAAAUGCGUGGGCAAUGUAACCUCUGACCCGAAAGAAAGUCUAACUAACGUACUUAAGUCAAUGGCUGACCUUGACAGUGACACGCUUGCGGAAGUGACCCGACUGCUGCAGCCCAGCAACACAGCCAAGAAGGUCGUGUUUGUGACUGCUGCUUCUACGAACCAUUUCCUUGAAUCGCAGGCGUUGAUCAAAAACCUCCAUGAAAACGUGUUCCCCCUGCUCACAAACUACAGCUUCGUGUACUAUGACCUUGGACUGACCACCGAACAGAGGAGCAAGGUUGAACGCUUCUGCCGCUGCGAUGUGAGGACAUUCCCGCUAUGGGCCAUGCCCCCUCGUCUUCGGAAACUUACCUGCUACACCUGGAAGCCGCUGAUCAUCAACGCCAAUCUCCCGACGGCAGAGAAACUUGUGUGGGCAGACGCCUCGGUCCGGUUCCAGGGCGAUUCCAUUCUCACUCUGUUGAAGGAACUUGACGUUAAGGGCGUGGCCAUCAGCAGGGCGGAUUGGUCCAUUGGUCAGCACACAACGCCGAGCAUGAUGGACUACUUUGGGGAAAAGAAUUGCAAAUUCUCCAACAUUGUGGAGCCUGGAGCUUUCUUUAUCAUGUUCAAGAAUGAUCGGUUUAUCCGUCAUGCAGUGGUGAAACCCUGGGUCGCAUGCGCUCUCAGCCCCAACUGCAUGUGCCCCGAUAAACACGAAAAACUUCUUCAUUGUCGAGGGGAAGUACGGAAGUAUAGCAAGUGUCACCGCUUUGACCAAUCAGCGAUUGGUAUUAUACUUGUGAAGCUGUUCCGGGGUCACGAGGUCAGUGUCACACUUCCGCCGAAGGCAAUCCGUGUUCGUCGCGGAAAUAAAGAGAACUAUUUUGACGCAUUACAGAGUCGCGUCACGCCCAAAUUAUUCAAAAACUACGUUUGAUAUGCAGAUUAGGGGGGACACGAGUACGGUGCGGUGGUUCUGUGCAGUGAUGCGUCACUUAAGCGCGCCAGAGUCAAGGGGCUCCAAUGCCACUCUCGUGCUGAAUGUGUUUCUAUGUUUGUCGUGCUUGUGGAUUUUUACCAGAUGUAAAAGUCGAAGACCCGUGAUACCUUCCUCCAACGUCUAGCUGACACGCCGUGAUAUGACAUUAUUGUCAUUUAUUUAUUUUCUCAUAAUAAAU